AUGCCUGUGAAUUUUUCAUUGUCAAUGCUAAAUCCAGGCAGAAUUCUGGAAGAAGAAAUGACUAGGUAUGCAUACUAUUACUCAGGGUUAGGUGCUGGAGUUCUUGUUGCUGCCUAUAUACAAGUUUCAUUUUGGACUUUGGCAGCCGGCCGACAAAUCAGGAAAAUCAGGCAAGAGUUUUUUCACGCUAUUCUACGACAAGAAAUAGGCUGGUUUGAUGUCAGCGACACCACGGAACUCAAUACACGGUUAACCGAUGACAUCUCCAAAAUCAGUGAAGGAAUUGGUGACAAGGUUGGAAUGUUCUUUCAAGCAGUAGCCACGUUUUUUGCAGGAUUCAUAGUAGGGUUUGUUAGAGGAUGGAAGCUCACCCUUGUGAUAAUGGCCAUCAGCCCUAUCCUGGGACUCUCCGCAGCUGUCUGGGCAAAGAUACUCUCAGCAUUUAGUGACAAAGAACUAGCUGCAUAUGCCAAAGCGGGCGCAGUGGCCGAAGAGGCUCUGGGGGCCAUCAGGACGGUGAUAGCGUUUGGAGGCCAGAACAAAGAGCUGGAGAGGUAUGAGAAACAUCUAGAAAAUGCCAAAAAGAUUGGAAUUAAAAAAGCUAUUUCAGCAAACAUUUCCAUGGGCAUCGCCUUCCUGUUAAUAUAUGCGUCAUAUGCCCUGGCCUUCUGGUAUGGAUCCACUUUGAUUCUAGCAAAAGAAUAUACUAUUGGAAAUGCAAUGACCGUCUUUUUUUCAAUCCUGGUUGGAGCCUUCAGUGUUGGACAAGCUGCUCCAUGCAUUGAUGCUUUUGCCAAUGCAAGAGGAGCAGCCUGUGUGAUCUUCAACAUCAUUGAUAGUAAUCCUAAAAUUGACAGUUUUUCAGAGAGAGGACACAAACCUGACAGCAUCAAAGGGAAUUUGGAGUUCAAUGAUGUUCACUUUUCUUAUCCAGCUCGAGCUAAUAUCAAGAUCCUGAAGGGCCUCAACCUGAAGGUUGAGAGUGGGCAGACGGUGGCGCUGGUUGGGAACAGCGGCUGUGGGAAGAGCACAACAGUGCAGCUGAUGCAGAGGCUCUAUGACCCUGAUGAGGGUAGGGAAGAAAAUGUGCCGCCAGUGUCUUUUCUGAAGGUCUUGAAAUUGAAUGAGACGGAAUGGCCAUACUUUGUGGUCGGCACAUUGUGCGCCAUGGCUAACGGGGCUCUGCAGCCGGCGUUCUCCAUCAUAUUCUCAGAAAUGAUAGCGGUUUUUGGACCAGGGGAUGAUGAAGUGAAGCAGCAGAAAUGCAACAUGUUCUCAUUGCUUUUUUUAGGUCUGGGAAUUAUUUCCUUUUUUACUUUCUUCCUUCAGGGCUUCAUGUUUGGGAAAGCUGGGGAGAUCCUCACUACCAGGCUUCGCUCGUUGGCGUUUAGAGCAAUGCUAAGACAGGACAUGAGCUGGUUUGAUGAUCAUAAAAAUAGUACUGGUGUGCUUUCUACAAGACUUGCAAUGGAUGCCUCCCAGGUCCAAGGAGCCACUGGGAUGAGGUUGGCGUUAAUUGCACAGAACACGGCUAACCUUGGAACUGGCAUUAUCAUAUCCUUUAUCUAUGGCUGGCAGUUGACCCUAUUGCUUUUAUCAGUUGUUCCCAUCAUUGCUGUAUCAGGAAUCGUUGAAAUGAAAAUGUUGGCUGGAAAUGCCAAAAGAGAUAAAAAAGAACUGGAGACUGCUGGAAAGAUUGCAACAGAAGCAAUAGAAAAUAUUAGGACAGUUGUGUCCUUAACCCAGGAAAGAAAAUUUGAAUCGAUGUAUGUUGAAAAAUUAUAUGGAGCUUACAGGUAAUAAACAUAAAUGAUUUUUACUAAGAACCCAGUAUUUUCCUGAGGCUUAAAAAUUGUUCCCAGAAGAUAAUAAAACUGCUCAAAAAAAAAAAAAAAAAAGCCUGUAAGGAUGACAUUUUUUCAAUAGCUCACUGAGAAUAAGUAGCUUUUUGAUGCAACUGGGCUAUAGGAUUGGAUUUUUACAUCUUUUUUU